AUGCCCCCUCUUCCCCCUUCCGCGAACCCUCUACCGCGGCUGAUCACAUAUUACCAAACUCAUCAUGACUCCUCGGGGAAUCUCAUCUCUCCCCUCUCUCUCAUCACACAACCCGGUAUCGCCAUAACCCACGUCAUUGUCGCCGCCAUUCACAUCAACGAUGAUCCUCAAAAGAUCACGCUCAAUGAUUACCACCCAUCUCACCCCAUUUUCCAGACUAUGUGGGCUGAGUUACGCGUGCUACAAGCCUCGGGUGUGAAGGUGAUGGGCAUGCUAGGUGGUGCUUGUAAGGGCAGCUAUGCACGCCUGGAUGCCGAUCAAGAGACAUUUGAUCGGUACUACGGUCCUGUGAAAGACAUGAUUCGAGAGCGUGGGUUGGACGGUCUGGAUCUGGAUGUCGAAGAGGAAAUGACCCUGGGAGGAAUCGUGCGGCUGAUAGACCGUCUACGCAGCGAUUUUGGGCCAACUUUCAUCAUCACCCUGGCACCAGUCGCCAUGUCUCUUCUUGACUUUACCAAGAAUCUCAGCGGCUUUGACUACGAAGCUCUCGAAGUGAUGCGCGGUCGUGAUAUCGCCUGGUACAACACACAAUUUUACUGCGGCUGGGGAGAUUGCAGUAAUCCCCUUAUGUACGAUCUCAUAGUCCGCAAGGGCUGGCCACCCGAGAAGAUCGUCAUUGGACUUGUCACCAACCCUGAGAACGGAAGCGGCUAUGUGCCGAUGAACCCUCUCAACAUGGUGCUCACGACGCUACGGGGGCGAUAUGGAUCGUUUGGGGGAAUCAUGGGCUGGGAGUACUUCAACAGUUUGCCUGGAGGAAAAGAACGGCCGUGGGAAUGGGCCAGGGAGAUGACCAAAUUGUUGAGAGGGCAUUUGUUGUCGGCACCUGCACAGGCUACACAACCAGUGCAAUCGGCGGCGGUAGAAAGUGGUUCGAAAGCAAAGAACGAAGACGUGGAUCCAGAUGAACCUGGUGGACAAGAUGCACCAGUGCCAAAACAGUUUGACUACUACUCGGAUGGGCUUGAUGAUUAG